UUUCUCUCUUAUAUAGUUCAUAGAUUUGGGCACCCAUUGCAGUGUUCACAGAAAAUGACUGUAUUUGGAGUCACAGUUACUGGGUUCAAGGCCUAAAGCUUCCGACUUUGUUUGAUUUUCUGGGAGAUUCUGUUGUUUUCGAUCAUUUUGGUUUUGUGUUAUUACCGAUCCAGAUCCUAACUUCCCAUAUUCAGGCUUCUGAGUUAUCUGUGAAGUGGGGGAAAAGAUAAAUAAAUAGAUAUUUCAUGUGUGGAAGUUGAAUUAAACUUCUUUGGCCAAUGAAGAUGCUUGUUGGUUUUCUAGCAGGAAAUGUUUGCCGAAGGUGUUGUUGAUGGCAUUUUGAUUAAUGAAAGUUGGUAUCAUUUGUGUUUUUCUCGGAUAUGAGUCGGUCUCCUUCCUUUAAAGUUAAAACAGAACUGAGUCCCAGUCUUGAUCCAGAGUCUUUACAGAAAUGGAUUGUUGCCUUUUGUGCUAUAAGGUUUGAUCUUGAACAAGGCCAGCUUGUAGAAGUGUGUUAUCCACCGGGCUGUCUUACACAUGAUGAGGAGCUUGAAAUUGCUUAUAGCUCCUUUCCGGAUUCCGUUUCCCAGCAACAAAACCGCUCAAGCAUUCAUGAUUGUAUCUUCUUUUUCCGAUUUCGUAGGCGCCUUAAAUCUCAAACCAGCAAUGCUACUCAUUCUGAGAUAACUGAAGUUGACAAGUCCAUAGAUAAAAAUAAUGUUGGUAAAGCAUUAUCCAGUACAAGUAGUGCUAAUGUUUCUAAGUACAUGUAUGGCUUUGUCUUUAAUAGACAGAGACAUGAUGAGAGGCUAAAGCGAGGAGGGGAGCAGAAGUCUGUGGUCAUUUUGUCCCACAGACCUUAUUCUAGUGUCUUCAGACCUUUGUUACAAAUUAUUGGUCCCUUAUAUUUUGACAUGGGUAAGAAAGCAUUGGAGCAUAUUGCUGCUUACGUUUCAACAUGGCCUGCUCCCAUUCCUGGUAAGCUAAUGGAUCUUCCGAUUGGGAAUGCAACUCUUAAAGUGAACUUGCCACCUGCUCACAGCUUGCCUGUGGAAAGUGGAGUAUCUUUUGAUGAGUCUGCUUCUCCCGUGGCACCAUUUCUUCCUAAUAAUCAGUCUAUCCCGCAGGGCCUUUUCCAUGAUUCAGAUCUUUUUGGUACCUUCCGUGGCCUUCUAUUGCAGCUUUGGUUGUUAUGGGAGUUGUUACUCAUUGGUGAACCUAUUCUCAUCAUUGCACCCACACCUCCCCAGUGUUGUGAGGCUGUUGCCAGUCUUGUGAGUUUGGUUUCACCGUUGCUUUGCAGUGUUGACUUCCGGCCUUAUUUUACCAUCCAUGACCCAGAGUUUGCACACUUGAACUCAAUACAAGAAGGGGAAGCUUUCCCCCCAGUGGUUUUAGGAGUGACAAACCUUUUCUUCCUUAAAGCUCUCCGUAAUAUCCCCCAUAUUGUCUCAGUUGGAAGCCCUCCUCCUAAUUCAAUCCGGGUUUCCCUUUCAACGAGGUCCACUGGCAGAGUUUCAGGUAGACCUGAAGGUCUCGGGCUUCAACAACUUAACCUAAAUAGGUUUUCUCCUUCAAGUUUAUUGAGUGCAGUUAAGCUACGGAGAGAUGGUCCUCUUUGUCUCAUGACAGAACAUAAGGAAGCCAUUUGGAGUACCUAUUCUGCCACAACUAAGCCAGACACAUCUAUCUUAAAUAGGCUUAUAGAUGCUGGAGUGUCACCAAGAGUUGAGGAGUCAAUGUCAGUUGUUAACAAUGAGAUAUUACGGCGGCAUUUCUUGGAGCUCACUACUAAUUUUUUGGCCCCUUUUGGACCAUAUUUUAGGACUACUGCUCCUUCAGAAGGAUGUUCUCCUUAUGUAGAUCCUCCUCCUCUACCUCCAUUUAGUGCUGAUGAAUUUCUUGCAAGUUUAUCAGCCAGAGGACCAGGGAAGUUCCUAUUGAAGCGAAUGAAAUCUAACUGGCUUGACUUCUACAGGCGAUUCCUGAACGGACCCAACUUUAUGCCUUGGUUUCAGAGGAGGCGUGCUGUAGCUGAACAAGAACAAGAAAGGUUGUGGAGGCAUGCAAGAAUGAAAACUGACAUACAACAGCUAAUAUCUAAAAUGUCUGAGUUGGAAGUUGUGGAUUCCUUCAACGUUAUAGAGAGAUGUCUACUUAGAGAAGUGCAGCUACAGCAAUCUGGAAAUGGCGGUGUUGAUUCUGAGGCAACUUGUCGGAAACUAACAGGAGAUCUUGAGGCAGUUUUCAAUGCACUUUCGAAGGACAUGCAACAAAUCAUGCUUUCAAAUCCACAAAGGGCAUCCCUUUUGAAAGGUAACCCAGAAUUGACAAAACUUCCAGGGCAUCCACUCUUACAAACUGGGGAUGUGUCUUCUACAUCACCCAGGUAAUGUGAAAAGCAUGAAACAGGCGGUCUUGGGUAUAUAUGGUCUUCUUCUGAUGCUAAAGGACAGACUUCUGGUUAAUUCACUGCCUCCUUCUCUCUGAUUGAGAGAAGUUCUCUGACUUUUGACAAGUCUUGCGAUUAACAGCUGUGCAAUAACAACAAUUUAAUUUAUCAAUCCACAUCAAGAAUCAGACGUGGGAUAACCUGCCUCUUCACAUUCAUCCGAGGGAAUUUGAUUUUAUUUUAAAUUUGUGACUUUUUUUAAUUGCCUUGCUGGAAAUUGUGGCUUCUUUUUGUUUCUAUUAUGAAGGACCAAGGUGUAUAUUAUUCACUUUGUGUUAGGUUUUGGUAGUGGUAUCCAUUCCAAGUUUUCUACAA